AGAUUUUUAUAGUCAAUUUUUCCGCGAGCCAACAACCACUUUCCGCGUUAGCUCCGGCUCGCGAGCGUUCUUAGCUAUUAAGAAACGAAAGCCAGUGCAGUCACUGAUUUAACCAUCCGAUCUUCUCCUGCUCAUCGCUCUGUAGAUCUCUCGCUCGCCAAAAGAUGGAACAACCCCUACUCUCAGUAGAAGCUCGCGGCAAGAAAGAUGAAGGUUGGAGGUCUUACCAGCACGUUGGCAGGAGCGCUUCUGUGCACGUUCCAUCACUUGCUGCUGUUGGGGAGGAGGUAAGCGUCAAUGAGAUCAGAGCUGCCCCUAUCUUCUCAGAGUCCGUCUACCCCACGUCCAUCUACGGAGCGGUCGUUUCCUCCCCGGAAUCGUAUAAUCAUCAAGAUCAAGUGAUCGUGUCUAAACCUGACUAUGGCAGAGAUCCACAGGGAUAUGCUACAAAUGAAUUUGGGAGGCAAAUACUAGAUGAAGUCGAGAUCCGACAUUUACUUAUAAAUCAUGUUGGGCAUCAUUUUUGCUGGGGAAGCAGGCCAGCCAGGACCUGGAAGAUUGUUUCAAUUGAGGAUUGCAAUGUCUAUGUUGGAACUUUAGAAACUUUUAUAGAAGAGAGAGAAACUAUUAGGGCAAUAGAGCCAUACUCUGGUGGUGAAGUUGAUGGAAAGAACAAAGGGGAAUCAGAACUUGCCGUAUGGGAAUUGGAUUUGAGGUCAGAAUUUCCUCUUCUAUUUGUGCCAUACAAAGAAACAAGUAUUAAAAUUCCUCAUUCAGAAGCUCUUGAAAAAUGUACAGGUUGCGAAGGCAGAGGGGAAAUAGCCUGUCCUACUUGCAAUGCUGGGCAAGAAGCUGGGCAUUAUAAGCCAAAUCAGAUGAGCCAAUGCUCUGCCUGCCAUGGGAGGGGUUUGAUCGCUCAUCAAGAUGGUUCUGAUUCAAUAUGCAAGAAAUGUAACGGCACAGGAAAGCUACCCUGUGUAACAUGUGGCUCCCGUGGACUUAUAAAAUGCCAGGCAUGUGGCGGUCAAGGUUCCCUUCUCACACGUAAUGCUGCUUUUGUUCGAUGGAGGACACUUUCAACCCGCAAAGUUGCUGCUUCGAGUGGAGCUGCGUCAGUUCCUGAUGAGGUAUUCCACAAAGCAAGGGGCGUCCAGCUUUACAACACACAAGCAUACCAGUGCACACCUGCCUUCUUUGCAGAUUCUUUCCACCUCAACAGGUUCUCAUCAGAAGUUAUAGCCGAGCGGUCUCCCAUUCCUGCCGCUGCUAGAGUCAUCUGUGAGAGGCAUGUAAUUUCUGUUGUUCCUGUCACUCGUGUAACAAUGGCUAAUCAUAACCGAUCCUUCAGUUUUUAUAUCAUUGGCUUUACAAGGGAGAUCUACAUAAGAGAUUAUCCAUCAAGCUUCUGCUGGGGCCUCUGCUGCUGUUUUGAAUGGUUGAAAAGGUAAUGUUUCUCCCUCUCUGAAUAAGUUUGAGGGAAAUGGGUAAUGCUAUAUACAUCUUUAUGGAUUAUUGUUUAUUGUGUGUAAACAAACAGAAGAAUAUUGAGUGCAAGCAGAAAUGUUAUUGUGAAUAAAUUGUUGACUUCCAAGUAUUUCAA